CAACUUUCCGAGAUACGGUAUCCCUUUCUAUCAACCUUACUGCGACUGCUCCGUGAACACGCUUUUCGCUCGCUAGCGAUGUCGAGGGCAACGGCAACGACCAUAGACUCUCGUUCUUCAUCGCCAGCAACGCCUGAAUCUUCCGACGGUCAUCAUCCUGUGACCCUACACCAUGACCAUAACUUAUCAGCUUGGUAUAAUUCAAUUCGUCCAAGGAAGACUAUAUCCGAAAUUGGUGUUUGGGACAACGAGUCUAUGCGUAGUGUCAUGAACAAGCCUGACAACGAGAGGAUGCUCCAGCUUGACGACCUAAUAGAUGAGCAUGCCUAUGAAGACUCGGCCUGUUCUGCCUCUGAAUCUUCCCCUGUUCUGCCUCAAGUCGUCCCAAACUGUUUGAAACCGGAAGCAAUCCAUUCGACAGGCGACAGCUGUGUAUCUGCUGCGCAAGCUCCUUUACCUGAGUCCGACUAUCUUGUUCCCUCCCAUAUGCAGACGCACUGUUCACCUGUAAUCCCUCCCCCUACCGUUCCUCCACGCAAAAGAGACCCUUCUACUGCUCCACAUCGAGUCGUUUUUCCUCCGCGGGAAUCUUGCUACAACCUUCCUAUUCUGACCCCCAAUAUCCCUGAAUAUGGCACAAAGUCUCGUGUAGAGACUCAAGUGCGCGUCACGUUGGACUUGGCACAUGCUAGCUCAUCGUCAGGAGAACCGUAUCUGUACGACAGGGUCGGUUCAUGGAAAUGGCUAAAACUUCCCCCAGGAACUUUCACCAAGAAGCGCACACGUCGGGAAGGGAAGAUAGACCCUUCUCCCUUGGAUAUGCUACACCUAACCACGACUGUGACUUGCGCUACGUCACCACACAAUCGCGUGCUUAGUUGCGGAAGCUGUAGAAACCGAGAGGCAAAGCGCGUGGCUAGGAAAAUCGCAGCUCGUGUCAGACCCGCCCGAUCUGGCUCAGAUACCCCAGAGGAUGGCAAUGAACGACCGAGAGGCACUAAGGAAGACACGACUAGUAUCAUUCAGUUCAACUGCCCCGAAGUCCUUGACUUCUCCACGGGGUCGGUCGUGCUUCCCGUCCGCAUCACAUGCUACUGCAGACAUCACCGUGAAAAGAUCGGUUUCAAUGUCCAUUUCACAAUGAUGGAUCAUACCGGACGCAUCGUCGGAUCGGGAACGACUCCUCCAAUUAUGAUUACGGAUGACCACAAGUCGACGACCAAGACAAUUUCUGCGUUCAACCCUCUCACUGAAACCGAAGUCGACUGGUCCCAGCUUGCACAGAACGGAGAAUUGGCGGACAAGCGUGCGCCCUCAAAACGCAAGGCAGCGAACGUGAAAGGUCAGCCAAAGAAGCGAGCAAAACCAUACGAUGCUACCAGCAGGAACAGCUCAGUGAAAUUCGUCAGAGAAGCCAGUUUCUCACCAUCUCAGCCUUCAACAGUGCCUAGUUCCCGGUCUCCCACACCCUCUCGCCCUCCAGUGCCCAUGCCGUCUUGCUCAUUAUCUCAAAUUGAAAAUGGCACUGUUCCUUCUGCAACUGUGUUUGGUGUCAAUGGGCUUCAACAGCCAGAAGACGCACAAGCUACUUUAUUCAUUUCAAAUUCAGUAAUAUCGCCAGUAUCAAGCUCCAUGUCAUCGCCUCUUAUUUCUCCUGUAUCGCCGUCCAUCCCACAACUCGUUUCACAGCCGACGCCAUUUCUUUUUUUCAACCCUAGAUCACCGCCUCCCAUUGCCUCACUUACUCUCCCCAAAAUCCACCGUCUUAUACCCGCGUCCGGUCCUACACAUGGCGGCAUUGAAGUGACUGUCCUUGGCGAGAAUUUCCACUCUGUUUUUCAACUCAACUGUGUCUUUGGAGACGUCCCCGCAAGCUCUACGCAACGUUGGAGCGACAAUACCUUGGUUUGUGUCCUACCCCCUCGAGCCUCUCCGGGUGUUGUCGCCGUUUGGUUUGAGGGCUUCGAGAAGACAAACGAUCCCUCGCUCCCCUCCCUCUUCACAUACACUGACGAGUCAGACAGGGCCCUAAUGGAGCUGGCCUUACAGGUUGUCGGACUCAAAAUGACAGGCAAGAUCGAAGACGCAAAGAACGUUGCCCUCCGUAUCGUCGGAAACGCAGGAAGUGAAGACUCUCCAACAUCCUCAGACGCUAACGACAUGAUGCACGUCGUUGCAUCCUCAUCUUAUCGCGAAAUACGGCCACUGCUCUUCGUCCGUUCAGACGAAGGAGAAAAUUUCGAGACCACGAUCGUCAAGUUCCUUUCCAUGAUAGAUGUCUCCGUCGACAACCAAUCGACUAUCGCCAUGAGCACUGCAGUUUCGCACGCUACGUCUAAUGGGCAGACACUUUUGCACCUCGCAUCGUUCUUGGGCUUUGCGGAGCUUACGAAAUUCCUGAUCGCACAUGAUAUCGACUUGGACGCGCGCGAUAGGAAUGGUUAUACGGCUCUUCAUUUUGCUGUGUUGUCUCUGUCCAAACCUUGUUUGCAGUUGCUGGUAGGGGCUGGAGCGGACUUGGAGAUCGUGAACGGUCUUGGGAAGACCCCGGAGGAUAUUGCCCCUGAAGGCUUCUUUGAUGAUAUCACCUCGCGAGGCUCGCCCAACGUGGAAACGGAAAUUCAAGAUGAUGAUGGUGAGAGUCAGUGGGGUGACGUAGAAAGUGAUGAGGGUGAAAUCAUCAUCGUCAAACGUCGACCAGCACGUACAUUCCAUCGACGCAUACAAGAUACCACGGAACAAACAAGCCUUGAAUCCCACCUGGACCAAAUACCGGAAUCGCCCAAUAAAGAUGCAGAUACCAAGAUGCCUCCUAAUGCAACGGAUGAGAAACAGACAGCGUCCUUUGUGGAUAUGAUCCAACGAACGCUUGCGCAACUGCAGCCUCAAGGUAUCAUGCCGAAUAUGCCCAACAUGCCCCAGCUUCCUCUUCCGCAUUUGCCUGGGAUGCCUGCUGUCCUUUGGGGUGCUCUUCCGCAGAUUCCGAUGGUGUUCCCCAUCUUCGUGCCGACAACAGGGUGGCCGUUCCUUGGCGACAAGCGGGAAGAACAGCAGGAUGAUGAGGAAGUGAGGGAUGCUGCUCAUCCAGCUGCAAGGGCUGCACAGGAACUUAAGGCAACUUGGGAGAAAUGGAUGACGCUUGCUAUUGCCACUGCGACACUUCGUCCAGUGCCUGUUGAGGAAGCGCCUCCAAUGUAUACGCCACGGGAGACGCACGAGGAACAGCCGGAGGAGCCUGUGGCUAGUACCUCGCGCGUUGAGGAGCCCUCUGCUUUGGACGACGAGGCACCCGCACGUCUUGCAAGCCCAGGCAGGCGCGUUGGUUACGCUACAGCUACAGCUUCUGUGCCAGCUCAAGAAGUGGAGUCGUAUGGUUAUAGGCCUGCGAAUGAUGCGCUGAAAGCGCAGCAUGGGCGCGACCGGAUGCUCGUCCUGUUCUGGCUUCCUAUUUUGCUGAUCUCUCUUUUGUGGGCUCUGAACCACAGCGUUCGUUUCGCUCUCCACGCUUUCAAGACCACAUUUUCUCUGAACACCGGUAUCCGUGCAUGAAUAUCCUAGAACUAACAUAUGCGCACCCCUCUUAGGCAGUGAAGAAAAUUGCAUCAGACCGAAAUCGUCGAGGACCACUUUUGUACAGUAUACAAUC